GAACUGCAGUGCCACCACCACGCUGUGAACAACAGAUAAGUAGAUGACUCAACUGUGGGAAACGCAUACAUAAUUUGCGGUUGAUCCAGAUAAGAAGAUGACUCAACUCUGGAAAACGCGUCAUCCCGGCUAUAUAUACCGGCCAAAAAGCCCCUUCUUCUCUUCAGUACACAGCUUGUUCUGCAACUUGAAACUUGAAAUUCAUACAAACUCGUAGUAGCUUCUGUCGCCCAUUGCAACUCCUAGCUGAUAUACAAACUCGCUGCAGGCCUGCAAACAACAGAGACAUGGGUGUUGAUCACGUCAACAAGGCAAACUGCAUUGCCAGCGGCCGCGGACGCAAAGUUUGCGUGACCGGCGCCAGUGGAUUCAUCGCAUCAUGGCUGGUGAAGCUCCUCCUGGAGAAGGGCUACACCAUCCACGCCACGGUCCGGAACCCUGAUGAUGUCGCGAAGAAUGCGCACCUGAGAGCCCUUGAAGGUGCGGCGGAACGGCUGACCCUCUUCCGGGUGGACCUGCUCGACAAGGAGAGUAUCGCCGCCGCAUUCCGCGGAUGCGAGGGCGUCUUCCACACCGCCUGCCCCAUCACCGAUGACCCGGAGCAAAUGAUCGAGCCGGCGGUGACCGGGACAAGGAAUGUGAUCAAUGCUGCGGCGGACGCGGGCGGCAUCCGGCGUGUGGUGAUGACAUCGUCGAUCGGCGCCGUGUAUAUGGAUCCUAGCCGCAGCCUCGACGAGGAGGCCGACGAGACAUGCUGGAGCGACCUCGAGUUCUGCAAGAACACCAAGAACUGGUACUGCUACGCCAAGACGGUUGCGGAGCAGGCAGCGUGGGAGCUCGCCAAGCAGAGAAACCUCGACCUCGUCGUGGUGAACCCGUCUCUGGUGUUGGGCCCUCUUCUGCAGGCGUCAGUGAACGCCAGCACCUGGCAUAUCGUCAAGUACCUCGACGGCUCCGUGCAGACGUACGCUAACGCGGCUCAGGCGUACGCACACGUCCGAGACGUCGCUGACGCGCACGCGCGUGUAUAUGAGGCGCCCGCCGCGAGUGGCCGGUACCUCUGUGCCGGCCGCACGCUGCACCGCGCCGAGGUGUGUCGCAUACUCGCCAAGUUCUUCCCAGAGUACCCCGUUCCCACAAUAUGCAAGGAUGAAACAGGCGAGAUGAAGAAGGGAUGCCGGUUUAGCAGCCGUAGGAUCAGGGAGCUCGGCGUCGGCUUCACGACCGCGAGCCAGUGUCUCUACGAAACUGUCACAAGCCUCCAAGACAAGGGCCUGCUACCCCGUUGCGACGCCGAUAUGUCUCCAUGACCACUUUAGUUAAUCGCACUUACCUGAGUGCCCGUUUGAAGAUUAUAAUCUUGUUGUACUAGGCCAUGCAUGACUCGUGCUUUGCUAUGCCCGUCUAUUUUUCUAUUUUUAUAAGUAGAACAAUGUAAAAAUAUAAGAUCAUGUUGCUCCGAUUAUUGUCAGUUUCCUGUGACACAGUUCAUAUUUAGUAAAUCUAAUCUAAUACUCUCAUAUUGUAGUUAAAUUAAUACAGGAAAUGUACAAAUGAUACAGGAAACUUUUAAAUUGUUUCCUAAAAACAAUUCA